UUUACAUUUAAAAAUGAGUAACGAACCUUUAAAGGAAAUCCAAGACAACGAAAUCGAGUCCAACUGGGAAGAAGUUAUCGAUAAUUUUGAUAACAUGAACUUGAAGCCUGAGCUUCUCCGUGGUGUUUAUGCAUAUGGUUUCGAAAGACCCUCUGCUAUUCAACAACGUGCUAUCAUGCCCGUCAUCAAGGGCCAUGACGUUAUUGCCCAAGCUCAGUCUGGUACCGGUAAAACCGCUACUUUCUCUAUCUCUGCCCUUCAAUCUAUUGAUAUCGCCCUUGCCGAGCCUCAAGCUUUGAUUCUUGCUCCUACCAGAGAAUUGGCUACUCAAAUCCAAAAGGUCGUCUUGGCUCUUGGUGACUUUAUGGGUGUCAAGGUCCAUGCCUGUAUUGGUGGUACCAACGUCCGUGAGGAUAUGGAAACCCUCAAGAACGGUGUUCAUGUUGUUGUAGGUACACCUGGUCGUGUAUUUGAUAUGAUCAACAGACGUGCUUUCAACACAACAAACAUGAAGUUGUUUAUUUUGGAUGAAGCUGAUGAAAUGUUGUCUCGUGGUUUCAAGGAUCAAAUCUAUGAUGUCUUCCAAUUAUUACCUAACGAAACACAAGUCGUCCUUCUUUCUGCUACUAUGCCUGCUGAAGUUUUGGAAGUAACCAAGAAGUUCAUGAGAGAACCCGUUAGAAUUUUGGUGAAGCGUGAUGAAUUGACUUUGGAAGGUAUUAAGCAAUUCUACAUUGCUGUCGAUAAGGAAGAUUGGAAGUUGGAUACUUUGUGUGAUUUAUAUGAAACCGUCACUAUCACACAAGCUGUCAUCUUCUGUAACACUCGUAGAAAGGUUGACUGGUUGACUGAUAAGCUCACAGCCCGUGAAUUCACCGUCUCUGCUAUGCAUGGUGAUAUGGACCAAAACCAACGUGAUAUUAUCAUGAAGGAAUUCCGCUCUGGUUCAUCACGUGUUCUCAUCACCACUGAUUUGUUGGCUCGUGGUAUUGAUGUCCAACAAGUCUCUUUGGUUAUCAACUACGAUUUACCUUCUAACCGUGAAAACUACAUUCACAGAAUUGGUCGUGGUGGUCGUUUCGGUCGUAAGGGUGUUGCUAUCAACUUUGUUACCAACGAAGAUGUUCGCACCAUGAGAGAAAUCGAACAAUUCUACAACACACAAAUCGAAGAAAUGCCCAUGAACGUUGCUGAUCUUAUUUAAGCAUGAUUUCUUUUCUUUUUUUACAGGUUGAAAAAAAUAAAAAAGACGCUGUUUUGUAUCAAUAGUUGAUAUAGUAUUCAAUAAAGAAAAAAGAGCUAAAAAAUAGACUUUAUUAAAACAAUUCAACACGAACGUUGACAAGACUAUAUAUACUAUCUGUAUGGUAGGGUUUAAAGGGAGGAUGACUUUAUAAGAAGCUAAAAUAUCACACAUUUAUUUAUCUUUAUUAUUCAACCUUGCCACCAGGAGAUGAUGACUUGGAACCAUUUUGUUCAUUUUCUGAUGGUUGAAACGACGGCGGAGAUGAUGAUGCCUGUUGUUGUUGUUGUUGUUGUU